CUGUCAAACAGACCAAAUAAAAAAAAAAAAAAAAUCUACUUUUCUUCUGUUUACGUUUGGCGAUUACUUUGUUUCAUAAUAAUCACAAAUAAUGGCAAGACAAUUAACUAAACUCGGUUAUUUGGAUGUGAAGAAAACGUUGUUCAUGCUAUGUGAUCUGCAAGACAAAUUUCGUCCCGGAAUGAAGAUGUUUGAUCCAGUGAUUCAAAACACCGGCAAACUGCUACAAGCGGGAAAGAUUUUAGACGUACCACUGAUAGUCACCGAACACUAUCCCGAAAAGCUAGGCCGCAUCGUGAAGGAGUUGGACAUUUCGCACGCCAAGGGUGUGUAUCCGAAAACGCUGUUCAGCAUGAUGAUACCGGAUGUGCAGCGUAAAAUUGAAGAACUGUACGGCCCACAAGGUCCGGAAACUGUGGUACUGUUCGGAUUGGAAUCGCACAUUUGUCUAGAGCAGACAGCAAUGGAUUUGUUGAAGAAUGGUUACACGGUUCAUGUGGCCGCAGACUGCUCGGUUUCGCGCACCCAGGAGGAUCGUAAAUUUGCUCUUGAGCGCCUGAAACAGUAUGGAUGUUUUGUGACGACGAGCGAAAACAUUAUCUUCAAGUUGAUGCGUGAUAAGCAACAUCCUGCAUUCGAUAAGGUUCGCCAUUUAGUUCGUGAACCGUCGGUUGAUACUGAACUUGCUAAAUUGUAAUGUGGAAUGCUGUUAAGUUGGAAACGUGGAUUAUGGAAAUGGUAAAAUGGUACGUUUUAAAAUCUAAAGAGAAUUCAAAAUUCAUUAUCAGGGAUUUUUUGUUAGGGAUUUUGUAAAAGGAUGCAUUUAACAAUGGUACCGCCUGUAUAUGUGUACCUGCAAACUAUAAGUAAAGGGUAUUAAAAUGCAAAAAUCUA